AUGCACCACAAUAUCCUUCUCACGGGAGUCUCGGGGUACCUUGGCGGGACACUACUCGCCAAUCUAGCCACAGCCGCCUUGCCACCUUAUAGCCAAGUCUUUGCUCUUGUAAGAUCAGACUCCCAAGCUGAAGCAGUACUAGCAAGCAGCAACGCAACACCCCUGGUCUUCGAUGUUGGAGAUGCAGCUGCCGUCCGCGAUGCUGUCACAGGCAAUGAUAUUACAAUAGUCGUGUUCUGCAUCGAUGCAAUCAAGUCUGUCACACAAAGCUACAUGAUCAAGGCGCUGUCAGAGGUCAAGGAGCGGACCGGGAAAGAUGUCCACUUUAUCCAUACCAGCGGAGCAAAGCUCUUUUCAAGCCAUGCAGGGGCACCAACCAAUCGAACGCUCAUGGAUGAUGAGACUGGAAUACACGAGAUUCACAAAACACAACGUGCAGUUAUACCAGCUGUCCAACCGGCCAUCGAGACGAACAUCACGGUAGUUGAACUGGCAGAACGCCUUGGUGUGUACGCCUAUGUGUUCGUGCCUUGCGUCGUUUAUGGCGAAGGUAGCGGAUUCGGAAAUCACAUCUCGAUCCAGACAGCGGCUAUUUGUCGAGCCGCAAAAGCUGUACGUCGCGUACACAGUGUUGACGCUGGAAAUCCGACGUGGCCGGUUAGCCACAUUACCGACACCACGAAUCUCUACAUCUCGAUCUUGCACGCAAUCCUCUCAGGGCCUCAGACCUUACCACCUCAUGGACGGAGUGGCUACUAUCUCGCCGCUUCGGGUUCAGUUGCCUGGCUAGAUCUGUACGCUGCGAUGGCGCGAGCGCUUGCUCGUCGAGGCAUUGUAGAUGACGACAAGGUAGUCCCCGCGACACCCGAGACAAUCGAGAGGAUGGCCACUGCAUUGCAAUGUCCCGUGGAGGUGGUGGCCUUGCAGAUUGGAGGAUGCUGCACAUUCACUGCUAGGAAUGGAAGCAAUAUUGGGUGGAAGCCUGUGUAUGAGCCAGAGCAUGUGUUGGAGGCGGCGACCAAGGAAGUGGAUCUGGUCCUGGCCAACUGGAAGGGCUGA